CUCAACACCUUCUUCUCAAUCUCUGUCACAUCUGUUCGCUGCAACAAACAUGACUACACAGCACUGAUGAAGAUCAAGGCAGCACUUCACAACCCAUACCACUUGGCUUCAUGGAUCCCCAACACCGAUUGCUGCAAAUGGUACUGCGUCGAGUGCGACUACAAUACUAACCGCAUUAUCCACCUGGUUAUCACUCAAUCCAACAUCUCUGGCCAAAUCCCUGCCGAGAUAGGUGACCUCCCAUACCUCAACUACAUAGCCUUCCUACACAUCCCUAACCUCACCGGAACCAUCCCUUCCACCAUUACAAAGCUCAAGCUUCUUACCAUGCUCCGCCUCAGCUGGACCAACCUCUCUGGUCCAAUCCCUUCCUUCCUCAGCCAACUCCCCAACCUGAACUUCCUCGACCUCUACUUCAACCAGUUCUCUGGUUCAAUCCCAUCCUCCCUCGCCAACCUCCCAAAGUUAACAGAACUCUACCUCGACCACAACAGCCUCACCGGAACAAUUCCUGAAUCAUUCGGGAAAUUCAAAAAUUCUAUGUCCCUCUACCUCUCUCAGAACCAACUCUCCGGUGAGAUCCCCAAAUCUUUGGGGGAAGUGGAUUUCGUCAACAUCGACUUGUCUCGGAACAAGCUUCAAGGGGACGCGUCGAUGUUGUUCAAGGCGGCAAAAGGGUCGCCGUGGAAGAUUGAUCUGUCGAGGAACAUGUUGGAAUUUAAUCUAUCGAAGGUGGAGUUGUGGGAAAAAAUGGAGGUAUUAGACAUUUCGCACAAUAAGAUCUUUGGGAGUAUACCAGAGGCGAUAACGGGAUUGAAUUUGCAGCACUUGAACGUGAGUUAUAAUCGGUUGUGUGGAAGGAUUCCCCAAGGCGGGAGUGUGCAGAACUCCGAUUCAUACUGCUUCUUCCACAACAAGUGCCUCUGUGGUUCGCCGCUUGCCGCUUGCCGCUUGCCGCUUGUAAGUAGCGAACAUCGACGAUCCCGGAGUGCGAACACCGGAUCAAACAUACAGGUACGGAUAUUCCGUGGAUCACAUGUUUCCUCACAAAAAGCUGCUAAUUCUGCUUUUAUGCAUGGUACUAUGAAUGACACGUAG